UGUGGAAAAGCUGCACAGGUGGAGAGCACCUGUCUGUGUCAAAUUCAGCAGGCCCCACCUGGAUCUUCUUGGGAUAUUGAGAAGGAAACGCAGGCCCCAUCCCUCCUCUUCCCUUCCCAUUCAGCCGUCCUGGUAUGGACAGCAAGUGCCAGACUGCCCGGUGCCUCUGAGCCCCAGAGCUCCUUUGCCUGCUCCCCACGCCCUCUGGCCUUCCCCUGCCUCGACUCAUCCCAGCCAGUAUCACCGCACUCCGCAUUUCAGCUCCUCUCUAACUCCCACGUGAGUCACGGCUCUGCAGGCGCGCUCCAGCGAGCGCUGACCAAGCCCUGGCACAAGUCACAGCCGGCGAGCUGCUGCGAGAUGACAGGGGAGGGGAAGGGGGGAGGUAUGCAGAGGAGCUUUAAGCCAUUAAUCAUCUGGCUUAGACCAAAGUCAUCCCACGAGAGAAAACCAGCAGGCCCCGACUUCCUCCAAUCCUGAGUGUCUCCCUCUCGUAAAGCACAGAGAUUGCGGCAUUCUGCUGGGGGUCUUCCCAGGCCUUGUCCAGAGUGAGAGUCAGAGGGGUGGUGGUAGCUUGUGUUAAAGGCAGUGGCUGUGUAACAGAGACUCCUGGUCGUGGUAGCUAACCCUUGCGACAGCCCCUGGUCCAGGCAACGCCUGAGUGUCAUUUGGGGCAGGGGGGCGCGGAAGGAGACUGGCCUAGACUGGCCUUCUAGAGCAGUUACUGGUUCAGGUCAAAGCAGGAGCAGGCGAUGGAGCCCUGCGUGGUUUAAGCCCCAGUUCUCUCAGACCCAUCUGACCCCUUGCUCCAGGGCCGGCACCAGCUUAGCAAGCAGGUGCAUGGGGCGGCCACUCCGGAGAGGGGCGGCAGGUUCAGCAUUUCGGUGGAGGGUCCCUCACUCCCGCUCGGAGCGAAGGACCUCCCGCUGAAUUGCCACAGAUCGCGAUCGCAGCUUUUUUUCUUUCUUUUUUUUGGCUGCUUGAGGCGGCAAAACCCCUGGAGCCGGCCCUGCCUUGGUCUUCCUAACGUGGUCCUCUCGCUGUUCGGAUGGACAGGGUAAUAGUUAACCCUGUUAACAUUGUGUCACUGAGCACCUCAGUCAGCCCCGCCUCUGAAUGGUCCUUCCCUUUUGCAAAGCCAGUGUCAUUGCAGCCUUGAGCCUCAUGGGUACAUACCAGAGUGUGGGGGAGAAGAGAAGUGAGGAGCCAAGAGGGCAUGUUAAACCAGAAGGAAGCUCAGGCUGGUUGUAGCUGUCUGUAGAGAGACAAUGGAACAAAUGUGCAAAGGACUUCACCACCCCGGCGCAUUGGGCAAUGUGCCAGCCGGUCCAAAGGUGAAAGGAGGCGUCUAUAAAGAGACAGCUCCUUCUCCUUGAGAGAGACCGGCAGAGUUUGCAUAGGGAUUCCCCCGGCAGCUGCAAAAUGAGCUCGGUGCAACUCCUGGCCACCGCUGGCAUCUGCGUCUACCUCUGCCUUGCCGUUGGCCUCGCCGCUGCGCCUGUGUCUUUAGAGGAUGAGAAGGUCCCUGCUUACUGGAACGAGAGAGCCAGGAGGACGCUGGAGUCGGCGCUCACCCUGGCACCCGUGACCCGCCGUGCCAAGAACAUCAUUCUCUUCCUGGGCGACGGCAUGGGGAUCUCCACCGUCUCCGCCGCUCGGAUCUACAAGGGGCAGCUGGAGGGCGGGCCCGGUGAGGACAGCCGGCUGGCCAUGGAGACCUUCCCCUAUGUCGCCCUCGCCAAGACAUACAACGUGGACCGGCAGGUACCCGACAGCGCUGGCACCGGCACUGCCUACCUGUGCGGGGUGAAGGCAAACGCCAAAACCCUGGGGGUGAGCGCCGCCGCUGUCUACGGCAAAUGCAACACCACUUGGGGCAACGAGGUCCACUCCGUCCUGCACCGGGCCAAGCUGUCGGGCAAGUCGGUGGGCAUCGUGACAACCACCCGCGUGCAGCACGCCUCGCCGGGCGCCUCCUACGCCCAUGUGGUCAACCGGGAGUGGUACAGCGAUGCCGACCUGCCCAAGGAGGCCGCCAGGCAGGGCUGCAAAGACAUCGCGUACCAGCUGGUGCACAACACAGACAUCAACGUGAUUCUGGGCGGUGGGAGGAUGUACAUGACUCCCCGGAAGACCCCGGACCCCGAGUACCCGAUGGACCCAAAGCAGAGCGGGACGAGGAAGGAUGGACUCGACCUGGUUGAGAAGUGGCUCAGUGCCAAGGAGGGGGCGCGGUACGUCUGGAACAAGGAAGGCCUGGACGCCGUGGAUGAGAACUCCACCGACUACCUCUUGGGUCUCUUUGAGCCCAAGGACAUGAAGUACGAGCUGAACCGCGACGCCAGCACGGACCCCUCCAUCGUGGAGAUGACGGAGAAAGCCGUCCGCAUCCUGCGCAGGAAUCCCCACGGCUUCUUCCUCUUCGUGGAAGGAGGCAGGAUCGACCACGGGCACCACAGCAGCAGAGCCAAGCAGGCGCUGAGUGAGGCCGUCCUGCUGGACCGGGCCGUGGCCCGCGCCGCCGAGCUGACCGAUGCCUCGGAGACCCUCACCGUGGUCACGGCCGACCACUCGCACGUCUUCAGCUUCGGCGGCAGCACGCCGCGCGGCAACAGCAUCUUCGGCCUGGCACCCAAGAAGGCCGAGGACCGGCGGCCGUACACCAGCAUAUUGUACGGGAACGGGCCGGGAUACGCCAUCGCGAACGGGAGCCGGCCGGACGUGAGCAGCCUGCCCAUCGAGGACAAGGAUUACCGGCAGCAGGCGGCCGUGCCCCUGGACACCGAGACCCACGCCGGCGAGGACGUGGCUAUUAUGGCCAGGGGCCCCAUGGCCCACCUCUUUCACGGGGUGCAGGAGCAGAACUACGUGGCCCAUGUCCUGGCCUACGCCGCCUGCCUGGAGCCCUACCACGCGGGCCCCGAGUGCCCGGCCCCGAGCUGCAGGUCAGGCAGCCCAGGCCUCGGCCACCCCCCCAGCCUCCUGCUCUUCGCACUCGGGGCAGCCUGCCUCCUGCUGAGGAUGUGACAGUGGACGUUGAUCUUGACCAGCCUGGGGGACCCCCCCGUGCCCUCUGCCAGCAGAGCAGCCAGCGCCCCCCAGGCUGCAGGGCUGGGCCGGGCCGGCCCCGGUACCACACGAGAGAGACGCUCUCGCUUGCCUGUGUAUAUAAUUUUGUAACCGUCUCCUUCCCUCCCAGCCCCCCAGAAAUAAAAUCUGCUGCCGUUUUGUUCUUA